GCAGCUCUUGUCGAGGCUUAGACAUGCACCUGGACAACAUCGCGUGGUGAGGCAUGAUGCUCAGGUGUUUCGAAAUCCGAUGAAUGUCAUCAUGGGUCGUAUUUAGAUAUAUUGAUCGAUUGUCGCGUCCUGUCGUUCGCAGAUCCGUUCACAUAUCUUGCACGCUACAUCUACAUUAGCAAUCAUCCCAUAACCACCCUGAUUAUCACAUCUUGUAUAGAGAUCGCAUCCCAGAUACAUUCGUAUCCCCGAAUCAGUCAAGAAGAUGUUGACAAACCGUCGCUCGACCAUGAUGGUCCCUCCCAACCGCAUGCCCAGCUGGCACCCCCACUCGAAAGGCACUAUGCCUCAACAGCCUUUAUCUUCACCUCUUGCGAUCGAUACCGAAGCGCCCUCGAGUCGUACGCCUGCCGUUCUGACAUCCACGACAAAUGACCUACCAGGUCAUCGAGUCAUCCGCGUUCUCGGCGCUGUCCAUGGAACCACAAGCGCGACGCGCAAAGAUACAAAAUCCUUCAUCAAGAACAUCGCAAGCACUUUCAGCAGUAAUUGGGGGGAGGCAAAGAGCGUAACGAGUAUUGUAUAUCAAGCGCGCGACCAAGCAAUUGAUAGGCUCGUGAAAGAGGCGAUAAGCAAAGGUGCAAAUGCAAUUACCGGAUUGGACAUCAGAGAGAGCGAGAUACUAGGAUGCGUUGUGGUCAGCGUUAGCGGAACGGCCGCUUGGGUUGAGAAAGAGAGUCAGAUCAAAAGGGAUAGUGCGCAAGAAUCUGACCCUUUUCGAUGACAAUGUAUACAAGGCGGAAGGCUUUGGGUGGCAGUAAGGUUAGAGGAGAGGAACUUUGAGCAGGUAAUGGAACGAUGCCGCACUGGAUUGCGACAUCAAAGUUUUGAUUUUCUUCAAGAGCGCGGUAUUUGGGACCAGGUAUUUAAUUUCCCCUUGGGGUUUCACCAAGUCGACCAAAUCUUUUGUUUUUCGCGGGACUAUUUCGUGACCGUGAGGCACAGAGGCUGCCGUCAAUGUUGGUCUGGCAGUAAUGGAGCACUUCCUCACAAAGCGACUCUUCCGGAGCGGAAAUUAAUCACCCGAGCCAUUGAAGCACUAACUUGCCCCACAUCAGAUUAGUUUACCGUCUUGCCUUGGAAGCUAGCAUCAAGCUCCGCGCGUUGGCUGUC